AUGCGUUCGACUCCGCUCCUUCCGCUCGUGCUCCUCCUCCUUCUCAACCUCGGGCGGGCGAUUAGCAAUCACGCGGUGCCGUCGUCGUUGGGCGGCAUCGACAUGAGCGAGUUGGAGGUUGAGAUGAGCGCGGGGUGCGACCCGAGCGUCGCCGGAUGCGAAGUCGUGGAGCCCCUCGUGUCCAUCGAGCUGCGCGCGCUCGACCCAACGACGCAUGCACCGCCGCGGCCGAUGGGGGGCACCAAGGCGACCGAGGCGGACGCCCUCGCGGAUUCCUUCCACGUCUGGCUCGCGUUGCCCCAGGACUCGUUCUGGGUCAACCUCGCCCCGACCGAGAGCCACAGGGUGAUCGACUCGGAGCUGGGCCGCACGGAGGUGGGCAAGGUGAUGCUCGACGCGGACCUGGCGCUGAAGCGCACCGCCGCGACGCUGCUCCACCCCGACCACGACGUCGGCGCCGCGUUCUGGGACGAGCUCUACGGAUGGGUGGGCGCGAGACCCGCGCGUUUGUGCCACUCGUUCAGGCAGUGGAUCGUCCCGGGCGUCGCGACGAUGCAGAUCACCCCGCGCACUGUAUCAGGCGCCGGGUGCGACGACGGCGAAGACGGUUCAUGUUGCGACGGUUCAUGUCGCGACGGUUCGUGUCGCCCCGGCGCGCUUCACGUGCUGCGAGCGCCGCUCAAGGUGAUGCAGGAGGCUUCGUACGCGAGCGACGGGGCGUUCGGCUUUCUCGCCGCCGACGCGUCCGGCGCGGCGAGCGCGAUGUGCGCUGGGGCGGACGAGGGCGCGCGUGCCAAGGCGGACGAGCUGUUCGAGCGCCUCGUGCUGCCCGCGCUGGAGGCGGAGGUGAACGAGUCGCCCGAGUACGAGCGGCUGAGGUCGGCGUACCUGUGGCGGGUCGUCGGCGAGGCGUACCUCUCCGGCGCCGUGUCCGACGCUGACGUGGAAGGUGACGCGGAUGCCGACGCGGAGGAGCGCAAGAGGCGCGUCAACGCGGAGGUGCUGGCGGACUUCGCGCGGAGGGUGGACAGGUCUGCGUUCGCGCGGUCGGCGAGUGACGGUUGGUCGCCGUCUAAAGUUUUCGAGCUGUACGUGCAGAGCGCGUCGAGAGGGGAGUUUCACGUGACGCGCGAGGUGGAGAACGCGACGUCCGGGGACGUGCUGAGGCGGACCUACUUCCACGGCGGGAUAGACUGGAGGGCGGUGCCGUCGUGCGUGCGGCGCUGGGCUGGGACGGGUGGGUUGGAGGAGCGGUGCGUCGCGGGGGGCGUCGCGGGGGGCGUCGCGGGAGGCGGGUUCGCGUCGGUCUCGUUCGUGACGGGGUCGAGCGAGGUGGUGUUGAUGCGCGGGCGCCGAUGA